ACUCCAUUCCCUAUUAGUUUUCUUUUUCUUCUUCUCUCUCACUCUCCUCUCAGAUCUAAAUCCCAAUCCCUCUCUCAUCCUUCUCCUCUUUCAACCUCUUUGACUUUGAUUUGAUUCGAUCCCAAUGGCUGCCCCCACGCCGCGCGAGGAGAACGUCUACAUGGCCAAGCUCGCCGAGCAGGCCGAGCGCUACGAGGAGAUGGUCGAGUUCGUCGAGAAAGUCUCCGCCUCCGCCGACAAGGAGGAGCUCACCGUCGAGGAGCGUAACCUUCUCUCUGUGGCCUACAAGAACGUCAUCGGUGCCCGCCGUGCCAGCUGGCGCAUCAUUUCCUCCAUCGAGCAGAAGGAGGAGAGCCGCGGCAACGACGACCACGUCAGCAUGAUCCGUGAGUACCGAUCCAAGAUCGAGACUGAGCUCUCCGGCAUCUGCGACGGGAUUCUCAAGCUGCUCGACUCGCGUCUGAUCCCGUCGGCGUGCUCCGGUGACUCCAAGGUGUUUUAUCUGAAAAUGAAGGGUGAUUAUCACCGUUAUCUUGCUGAGUUCAAGACCGGCGCCGAGCGCAAGGAGGCCGCGGAGAGCACCCUCACUGCCUACAAGGCUGCUCAGGAUAUUGCCAAUGCUGAGCUGGCACCAACACAUCCCAUCCGCCUUGGACUUGCCCUCAACUUCUCUGUCUUUUACUAUGAGAUUCUGAACUCUCCUGACCGCGCCUGCAAUCUCGCCAAGCAGGCUUUUGAUGAAGCAAUUGCUGAGUUGGAUACACUGGGCGAGGAGUCAUACAAGGACAGCACUUUGAUCAUGCAACUGCUUCGUGACAACCUCACUCUCUGGACCUCUGACAUGCAGGAUGAUGGUGCUGAUGAGAUCAAAGAAGCACCCAAGCCAGCUGAGGAAGCAAAGCAGUGAUCACUCUUUUUCACUGCAGAUUAUGGAUUCGCUUCUCCUCUAUAUGUUUUUAAUAGGAGAAGGUAAUCCGUUGGCUAAUUUUCGGUCCCAUUCCGAGCUUCUAGACAUCAUUGUUGUCUUUGCAAUUAAAUUGUUGACAAACUCAGUCUUAAGUUUCCUUUUAUUUUCCCCCUUUUUAUUGAAGUAGUUUGUUUGGA